CAGGAUCACAGUCCAACCACAGAGGGAUGGGAGCCUCGUUUGUGAGUGAAGACAUGGUUUCUAGAGGUAAUUGAAUGAAUGGGAAUCUUCUCUUACUACCCUGUGCUCCCGGGGGGACUUGACCUGUGCAGUGUUGAUAUAGUUAACUAUACUUGAUGACUGGUUUGAGGUGCAGUAUGGCGCGAUAAGGGGGGGGCUUAUCGAUAACAGCGCCAACCCUAAGCCCUACUAUGCCUGUUCGGGGAAGGCUCCGGGGAGCGGAAGAGCCGCAGCCGUUAAAGUGACUUAUCAUCACUUAUCAACUUCCGGGGAGCUUCGAUGAUGGACCUCUCGACGUGUUGAUCUCUGCCAUCGAUGCUCGACAUCGGUUCUUCAGAAUUUGCAUUUCUGAAGAAAAUGCCAAUUGAUGCCCUGGUUCAACUUCCCACAUUCAAGCGUGGACUGAGAUGAAAUGAGCAGUCAUCCUACCCCGAGCUUACCCCCUCUGUCGAACCCCAAGGCCCGACCAACGACGUCAACCUCCAAGGCCUCCAAUCUCUCAGCACCUUCAAGGGCUCAGACUGAGCCGCUACUACGACCAUCAUCAGGAGCCCGGCUGCGCAGACCCCCGACCUGUUCUGAACAGCCAGAUCCGGCCGAUGAUAGAGCUACUGUUGCCCUGAUACGGCGCAUUCUUUGUCCGCAAGCCAACAGCUAUGGUGCUACAACUCCUCGACCGCUCGACGAGCUGCUCCCACCACUUACCAGCUCCAAUGAUGUCGACCAUCAGUUAUACGCGCUCAUAGCGAUCAUUAUCAGGGAGUUUGUGUACUCCUGGUACGCCAAGAUCACGCCGGACCGUGCUUUUGUCGACGAAAUCCUACAGCUGAUUGCUCAUUGCACUCGUGCUCUGGAACAGAGGUUACGACGCGUGGACAUUGCUGAACUACUGUUGGAUGAAAUUCCUGGUCUGGUCGAGGCUCAUAUAGUCUCGUACCGAACAGCCAAGCAUCAGUCUGAUCUGGCUGCGCCCCGUUCGUCUCUGCACGUCAUCUAUCAUGCCAUGAAUCCACAUCCAGCGCUUUCUCCUGUUCCAGACCCUUCGGACCCACAGGCACGGACGAUGCAGCUUGAGAAUGAGACGGCAUAUCGGCAACUGCUGGUGCAGGGUGCAUUGGCGGUCCUUCUUCCAACAGAGGAUCUGGAGAAUGUCUGUUUACGGACAUUGGUCGGUGAUAUCCUUGCCGAUCUGGUCCUUGGGAAUGAAGUCAGCGGGAGGGCUUGUGAAGGGUGGUUCGUCUGGGAGACGAUAAUCAAACUCCUUGAUCUAGCGACACAACGAAGCGUGGGCAAAGCAGAUAGUGAGGACGCGGAAGGAGUCGAGAAGAGCCGACUGGAGAAGUUUGGGCUUUUGUCCACCGCGGAUGAAUCCGACGACGAUCAUUCGUCAAGGACGAACCAAUCGCAAUUCUCAAUCUGGCUAUGGCAGAUCCUGCAAUAUGCCUAUCUGGGAUAUCUCGUCCUUCGAUUCGUGGUUACAGGACUUUUCCGCGUCGCAUCCACGCAGCCUACGAUGCCCGUUCGGGGCCCUCCAUCCCCGGCACAUCCUGCCAGUCUGACGACCCAUUCGAGAAUAGCGCCCUUGCCGGCCAAAAUCGUCACGAAGCGUCCCGUACUCGACUAUCGGCUCUACGGGAUGUUAUCGCAAUUGCUGGAUAUUCCCCGACGCAUGCCAUGGCUCGCGGGAACAUUAGCACUUGCUCAACACUGGAUUCUGGCUGGCCCAGGUCGAGUGGGGGAUACGGAUGGUGUUCUUGAUAGAUUCCUCCACGAGACAAUCCGGGAGCAUGUGCUAACGCCCUCCCUCCUGCCGACCCUUGUUCUUGCGAUUCGGACUGCUAUGUUCCCGACGAGUCCGCGCACAACUCCAUCGUCUAAUGUCAAUCCGUCCACGACUCCGACUUCACAGAACAUUAGUGAAAUCCCACCCAUUGUGGUAGAGAACAACGAGGCAGAAGCCCCUGCCGCAACGCUCACUACAACACCACCCUCGCAAUUGGAACGAGGACAGCGUCCCGACUCUGAAGUUGCGGCCAUCAAACGGCAAUGUGCAGAGAGGCUCCUAUCCCUGAUCCCGCGGCCUGUCGCUCGAGCGUUCUUCUGCAUAUCCAGGGAUGAUGUAGUCAGUGCGUCGGUUGUCGAGCAGCCUCAGAAACAGCAGGAUGAAGGUCUGGUACCCGAGGGAGGAAAUCCCUUCCCCGAACGGGCCUUGCCCUUAUCCGCUGAGAAUAUCGACAAGGUGGAAGAGGACCUUCUCCUGUCCGCCAUCGAGACCGAAAUUUUAGAUCCCUUUUCCAACGCAUACUGCAAUCGCCAUCUCAUGUUCUCAAUAAUCGAAGCAAUACUCGCUAAGCUCCUCCCUGAGUUGCUGGAGCGCGAUGUCGCCGAGCUGAUGGAAGACAGAGGGGUUACUCUCUCCACCAACCAUGAAGAAGACCACAUGUAGAUGAGAUACGCGCCUUGUUCUCUCUUAUUCUUGUUUCAAAAGUACCCAGGAAACAAAUAGGAUUAUAUCAAAGCACAAAAACGUAAUAAAUAAAUGCUAAUCAUCGAUUAUCAAUCAGAUUGCCUCCCGUAAUACAUGACUUUUUUGUAACCGAUAAUCCUGCUCUUCCACCAGCCUGGUUGCGUUUGGGCAUGUACAAUCAUAUCGAACAGAAGACCAGAAAGAGCAACUAAUGGAACUUGAGUCUCGAUAUGUAUAUGUAUACAGUCGCUAUAGUUAAUGUGAGAAUCUCAUCCCUCCUGUUGUCUGCUACUUCCGGGUCGGAUUCGGCAUGCGCGAGGUCAAUGAUAUGAUGAUCAUACAUAGGAUCCAAAGAGAAAAUAAGUGAUAAAUAGACAAAUCGAAGCACAGGAGAGAGAGGUGGAAGAAAACACACAUGAAAGCAAGACGGCCAUAAC